AUGUCUAAUUUACUAGUACAAGAAGAAAAAAAGAAAAUAUCGGAAACGAUUAAUCAACAUUUAACAAAAUCUUUUUCAUUAUUAACUUCUCCUAGAACAUCAAUUGUACAUCAAUAUAAUUCUAAUCAAAUCUUUGAAAAUACAUUCGAUGAAAAUAAUAAACAAUCUGAACAAUUAUCUUUUCUUCAUCGUUUAACUUUAUCGUUUCAUCAAUCAAUUCAUCAUAAAAAUCAACAUAAUAAAUAUAUAAAACAAACAAAUAUAGAUUCUAUUGAAAAAUAUUUAGCUAACGAAAGUAAUGAGUCAGUUAAUACACAAUCAACUAGUUUCACUUCUAAUAAAAAAUAUAAUCAUGAAUUACUUAAUCGAAUAUCAACACUUUGGUUUGGUUCUAAUGCUGAACGACGACAAGUAUUUGAUUUACUCGAACAAAAUCAAAUUAAAUGUAAAAUACUACCAGAAUUUAUAGCACAUUUAGCUCAUUCAUUUUCGAAACAUGCUAUUGAUAUUCAUGAUAUAUCAAUACGUAAAACAAUGUUAUAUGAAGCAUUAGAAUUAAGUAAAAUAGCAUUGAAAUCUAAUGAAAAUUGUGCAUUAUGUCAUUUUUCAUAUGGACAUAUUAUUGGAGUUUUAUUAGAUAUAAAUGAUUUUUCAUUAAAAGAUAAAUUAAAUAAAGCAUCUUUAUUUAAACAUCAUAUGAAAAAAACAAUUGAAAUUGAUAAAAAUUUUUAUGAAGCAUAUGCUUAUUUAGGUCGAUAUGAAUAUACAGCAUUUAAUUUAAAUUUAUUUGAACGUAAAGCAGCAUUAUUAUUAGGUUAUACAAUUGAAGGAAAUUUAGAUAAAGCAUUAGAAUAUUUUCAUAUAGCUAUAAAAGGAAAUUAUGAUAUGAUACAUACAGUUUAUUUAUUAAUAGGAAAAAUUUAUCAAAAGAAAAAACAAUAUGUUGAAGCAAAAAAAUAUUUAAAAAUAUGUAUACAAAUUCCAAUACAACGAAAAAGUCAAACUAAUAUUGUAAAUAAUGCAAAAAUUUUGUUGAAAGAUAAAAAAUUUGCAAACUUAUCGUUUGAAACUUUCAUUAAUCAUCUGAAAAAUUAG